UCAGUCUUUGUAUUCCAAGUCAGCCUUCGCCCUGCGUAUGUCCCAACACGAGAGGAUAGUGAAAGAAUCCUGUGAUUCAGUAAAGAAAGAAACAAAAAGAAUGGAGCAUAUGAAAGUACCUUGGAAGGAAGAUAACAUGAGUUUGUAUUUGGUCAUAGUUGUUAUCCUAUUCAUAUUAGGUAUUGCCGGAGUUUCUCUCAAUAAGUAUUUCCAAGAAGGAAAUUUGCAGCCAUUAAUAGACUGGAUUGAGUCAUUUGGACCUUUAGCUUCUGCAGUUUAUGGUGCUUUAUAUUUUUUAUUGGAAGUUGUUUGUUUGCCAGCCUUUCCUUUGACGGUAGCUGCAGGUUAUUUAUUUGGUUUCUGGAAAGGACUAGUUACAGUUUCGUUGGCUGGAACUUGUGCUUCUGGAGUUUCUUUCUUAUUAUCUCGCUAUACUUUGCGUUCCAUUGUGCAGAAUGUUUCCAAAAGAUACGAACGCUUUCAGACCAUUGAUAGUGCCAUUUCAAGACAGGGCUUUAGGAUUGUAUUCUUACUCCGACUUAGUCCGAUUCUACCUUUUGCUAUUUCCAACUACUUGUAUGGAUUAACAUCGAUACCUAUUGGUCCUUAUAUUCUGGCUAGUUGGUUGGGUAUGUUACCGGGAACUACUUUGUAUGUUUAUGGGGGAUUUGUAGGAAGAUCUGUGACACUAUCAAUGAAUAGUGGCAUAGAAUUGCAUUCUGAAUGGUUCCAACAACCUUUGAUGAUUGGUGCAGGAAUUUUGGUGUCUUUGGGAGUAGUCAGCCAAAUAUCCAAACUAGCAACCGAAGUGCUCAAUGAGGAGGAAAAAAAGAAAGUCGUUGAAAAAGAAACAACCCAACGAGAGGAUAAAUAAGUUGUUUUGCGUUUCCUCUUGAACUUUUUAUCACGCAAUAGAAACGCACUAUGAAAGGAUGUGAAUAUAUAAAUAACCGAGUUGACUG